CACUUUGAAUCCCGUAAUACUGCCCAACUACUACUCCGACUCGGAAGGAAGAAAGAGCAGUGACCACUUUGUCAGCUCUAUCAACGAGUUGAAGGAGUACUUCUCCAAUGAGUUAAAGUCUCAGUUGAGAUCAUUUUCUUUGAAAUUUAUGGACAAAGGAGAAGGUGUCGGUGGUAUUGACCGAGAGUUGGAGGAGGAUGCUGCUGCGGAAACGGGGAAGAAGGCGGAGUGCAGCCAGGCCGUGGAGGAGUCCCCGUUGAAGUCCCCUGUCCGUUCGAAGACUAAUGUUGUUGGUCUAUCCGACGAAAAUGUGGUGGAAUCUAUAAGUACGCUUUCACUAUCUGUUACAAAAUCUGUUGAAGAUGAAGGUGCUGCACAUAAGACCUUCGACGAUGAGGACUUUGAUAUAGUCGAAGUGGCAUCUUUCUGGAAUAAAGGCAAAGCCCUCGUCAAAUCAAAGAAGACACAGUCGGAGAAUGUGCCUUUAAUUGAGGAUGACUUCAACGAUAAGGCGUACGAGCAAUUUAUUGAGUCGGGCAGAACUGUUGUCGGGCCUUUCAAGACGAAGGAAGCGAUCCCCCGUAACCAAUAUGGGUUUUACAAGUUUAUUUUUAGCAACACAUUAGAUCCGGGGUAAGUAAAUGUUAUUUUCUUAUUUCUCAUUAUGAUAUACUUGUAGAAAUUUUUAAUAACAGUUACAUUGAUUACAAUUGAAUCAGAUAUGUGCUUGCGAAAUUUUGAAAGUUUGAAGUGGAUAGGAGGUGCAUGGCAUCGUUGCGACCGUUGCGAGAAGUUGAGGGAUCCAUCAUUGACUGUUUUUCUAUACUAAUGAACAAGUACGAACGUGAUAGUCGAUUACCUGACCAACCUCGUGUUUGGUACAUGCCCACUCGCAUCUCGCAAAAAACUCUCGGUUCGUUUAAUGUGAAGAGGAUUGCGAAAGACCGGGAGUGGUCAAAACUGUUUUACGAAGACAACUUCGAAAAAUGCGUCAAGAUGUUUGUGCCGGUGUUGACUCUAGAAGGUGCACCACAUUGGUUUGGUGGCGAAGUAAAUAUGAAGUCCAAGGUUGUCUCAUUUCUGGACUCCCUACACACCGCAAUGCAUGAGAAGUAUCGUGUGGAGGCUACGAAAGAAAUGGUAAACUUGCAAAGUUUCAUUGUUUGAUGUGAACUCAUUCUUCAUUGAAUCUAACUAAUUGUAUAUGUUUGCAGUUGUCGACGUUGGACCUUUUGUUUGAGGAGAAUAGGUCGAAGAAUGUGACUUUCGUGGAUUUCGGAUAUGACAGGAAAGAUCGCGGGCUUCCUCAACAAGACAAUGACCGAGAUUGCGGUGUAUACGUCAUGAAGUACAUGGAGGUUGUGGCCAAUGAGGAAGAAGUAGUUGAUGAGUUUCACCCGGUUGAGGCACGUUUGGAAAUCGCUGCGAGGAUCAUAACUGAUGAACAAAAUGAAAUUCGUACCAAAGUGGUUGAAGAUCGUAGGGCUGCACAAGGCAGCUCAUUUGCAUCAUCCUCGGCCCCUUUGCGUAGUCCGUCAAAGUCUCCACGCGAUCCUCGGUUCAGUACAGCGAAGUCUCGCCAUGCAAACAUGUUUCCCCCGUCAAGAGCCUCCCCUAGGUUUCAGUCUAGCAAGACUAAGAUUUCAUAUGGUGAAUAGUCUGUAAAAAACACUUGUGUUAUUAAUAGGUUGUCUUAUUAGUGUGUUGUGUAGUUUGGAUUUGGGAGCAUAGGUUGUGUUAUUUGUGUGUUGUUUAGUUUGGAUUUGGGAGCAUUUGGAUUUAGACAUCUGUUUUUAUUAGUUGACGUUUGGAACUGGUUAUUAUGUUCACAGACUUGUGUUUAUUUUAGUUUUGAGAAUAUAUUAAACCAUACUUAGCAAA